AUGGAUAACAGUACCAAGGCGGGUCCGCCAAAAGAAUUCGACACGCAAUCACUUUCCAGUACUUGCUCGUCGUUCACCAACGAUCCAGCCGUCAGCGAGUGGCCGUACUCGGGGCCGCGUCAGUCGCCGCAGGUCGAGACCAGAGCCGUGGCCGGCAUUUUCACAUCGCUAGUGCAAGAUCCUACUACGGGGCACCUGGAACGCCACUUACAGUGGCGUGCGAUAGAGCGCCGCUUGGUCAUGGUCUGGGUGCUUGGGUUUUUGACCUUGGCCAUAGGCAUAUUUGUCUGCCUUGCGGUUGGAAUCAUGGUGGACGGAUAUCUGCAUGGGGGCAAGUAUUUGAAGUACUUUAUUCAGGGCCAUGAGCAAACAAGCAGGAUAGGGUUGUUGGUGUUGGCUGUGAAUAACAGGAGCUUCUGGCUUCACUUUGUGGAGUAUUGCGGUGCGGUGCCCCUCAGUGCCCAAAGCGUCUGCAGUCAACGCGGAUGGUAUGUCUCCGGCAGGCAGCCAUCCCUCCACCCGGCGAAGCGGCCAGCUGUCGGAUCGGGCACACCAACAGCCGCGCCGAAGUGGACACCGGGGAACGGCCCGAAAGUCACGUGA